AUGCGUUAAGAAUACUUCACAUAAGGUUAUUGUCCAAAUUAUGUAACUUGCUAGGCUUAAAAUGUGAUUUUGGGCUUUAUUAAGACAGCAACUUCAUGGUUCAAGCGUCUAUAUGAUAACAAUGCAAACAAAAUUUUUGCUCUUUUUUUACCCUUUCCGAGCUAUCAGACUAAAUCUCUUAACCAGUGGACUAUAUGUAUUGCUACUAAAUUGUUGACUUCCACAAUACCCAGCACAACAAUUGCAUCUAGAGUUAGAUGCCGUAAAAAUUUAUCCUAAUUAAAGCAGCGAGUUAUCAAUAUUAAAAAAGUGAUGAGUAUAUCGUUAAUUUUAAGUUGUAUGAUACAAUUUUUAUCACUGAUACAUUAUCCAAUAGUGGCGCAUUCCAAUCGCAACAAAAUGUGAGACUUGUGUAACUGCAAUUCUUAUCUCUUAAUUAAUUCCCUUUUUAUUAAACCUUUUUUGAUGGAAAUUGCAUUUUUUGGACAAAAUACUUGUUCUCAAAACUUUUUUGCAUUUAUUAUUAAUAAUAAGUUAGUAAUUGA